UGAUCAGUCAAGGGUCGGGGAAGAAGCUGUUAUGCCUUCACGCGAUGCGUCCAGGAAAAAGGCUUUUGGUGGUGCUGCUCGUGCUGGAGUGGAGCGCUCGCGCCAGCGCGGUGUCGGACGCUUCGACCGAGACUCAUCCUCAGUGUGACACUGAUGGAUCGACUGUAAGAUGUACAUUGGAAGAGACUCAUUUGAUGAGUCCUGACCCAAUUAAACUGGAUUUCACUGAAGAACAAACUGUGGAGAUUUACAGCGCAUGCCAACAAAACAGCUCAGAUGGGCUUAAAUGCCUCUGCCACCAAAGGACGAACAUCUCUAUGCAUGCAUUACAGCACACAGAGAGAUUUGAAAAUGAAACAUACUCUGUAAUCUGUGGCAAUCAUAGCGUUACAGUUGUUUGGUUGCCGCAAAGAAGGCCAUCGGUUCCCGUGCUCAAAGCUAUCGCAAGUGAAAGGUAUACAAAUGUAGCUCAAUUAGUGUGUACUUCUGAGGGGAACCCAAAGCCAGUCAUCAUGUGGUAUGGUAACAGUAAAAAUCCAGAGGAGGGCAAGAAAAAUGUACGGUAUAAGACAGAGAGCAUUAUGAAGAGUGACAGUGAUCAUCAUCAAAGUCUAAAUGUCGUGUGCUGUGCCAGUAAUUCAGUGGGAAGGGAAUGUACUCAGCUUCAUCAUUUCGAUCUCGAGAGGAAAGGGGACGGGCAAAAGGCUCAGACGAUUUUCCUAAAAUCUGGUCAGUCUCUGCUACUGCGAUGCACCAUACAGUCUAGGGAUGCUCCAGAACUGAGCUGGCACUUCAAUAACAAAGCAAUCAAGGGAAUCCCAUCAAUAUAUUUUAGACACUGGACAGAAUACUUAUUUAUCGAAUCCGUGAACGUGACACAUAGUGGGGAGUAUAUCUGCGUAUCUAAAAACAACCAAACUAGGAACACCUAUGUCAGGGUCCUUGAUAAUUACAAAAUUGACAUAUUCCAGUUGAAUGAGAACAACAGCAUAGCAGCACAAGAUAAGGCAGGCUUCUGCUUCCAGGCUCUGGUAUUCUCCUACCCAAAAGCCCAGUGUCACUGGAUUACACCAAAUCAAACCAAAAUACAGUGCAGAGAGACUCAUUACCAUAAUUUUAAUAGUACAUUUAGGCUGUGUAACCCUGAACCGGGCCAAUAUCAGAUUAAACUAAAGAAUCAGCACUAUAGUGUCAUAAGGAGUAUGUCUCUCUGCAUUUCAGAAAAUCCCCAAAUUACAAUAACAUUACACAAUGAUUCAAACGUCGUCUCUUGUGACACUGAAAGCUCGCUACCCUUUAAUGUAUCCUGGAACAUCUGUCCAUCGCAUAACAAUUGUCAUAAAAGAGACUGGAAAGAGACACCUGUUGCCCAGCUCAGGAUCAUGGAUUCAGAUCAGUUCUGUCAGAAGAAAAUUUACUUCGCCAGACCCAGAUUGAACAGCGAGGACUAUUCUAUCAAAUGCUGCAUCUCUAAUAAAGCAGGGAAUGAUUGUAGUGACCCAUUACAACCUCAAACAACUUUCCCCAGCAUUGAUUACGUGAUUUGUAUCCUGGUUUUUGUUAUUCUCCUCAUGAUCAUCUUUGCCUUAAUCAUCUUCAUCAGAGUUAAGAAGCCUGGGUACCAGUGUCAGAUCCAGAUGAUUCAGAUGACCGGACCCAACGACAAUGACUACAUAUAUAUUGAUUUCAGGGAGUUUAAAUACGACGUGAAAUGGGAAUUUCCACGAGAAAAUCUUGAGCUCGGAAAUGAGUUGGGAUCUGGAGCUUUUGGGAUGGUUGUCCAGGCUACAGCAUAUGGGAUCAGCAAACCAGGAGUGUCCAUUCAGGUAGCGGUAAAAAUGUUAAAGGACAAGCACCAGGCAGUGGAAAAGGAAGCUCUGAUGUCUGAAUUGAAAAUGCUGACUCAUAUUGGACACCAUGAAAACAUUGUCAACUUGCUCGGUGCUUGUACAGGCACAGGUCCUAUUUACCUGAUAUUCCAGUACUGCUGUAACGGAGACCUCUUGAACUAUCUGAAGAGCAACAGGGAAAGUUUUCACAAAUAUCUGACGGACGCUUUCAACAGGGACAGGUUCAGGGGCCUCUACCACAACUUCCAGCAGAAGAGAAACUCCAGCGAGUAUAUCGAGCCUGACAACAACCAGUACGUGCACAUGACUCCCUCCACCAAAGGUCAAGAGAGCGAGUUCCUCCUCCAUCCCAGCAUCAGCUCAGUGUCUACUAUUGAGGAAAUGCUUGAAUGCGAAGACAAACGUCAAGAAGAGGAACUUCAGAGUCUCACCUAUGAUGAACUUCUGAGUUUCUCUUUUCAAGUUGCAAAGGGCAUGGAGUUCCUGUCGUCUAAAAAUUGUAUCCACAGGGACUUGGCAGCCAGAAAUGUUUUGGUGACACAUGGCAGACAGGUGAAGAUCGGUGACUUCGGCCUCGCAAGAGACAUUGAACACGAUACCAACUACGUUGUGAGAGGAAAUGUACGUUUGCCCGUGAAGUGGAUGGCUCCUGAGAGUAUUUUCAAAGGGGUUUACACAAUGCAGAGUGACGUCUGGGCCUAUGGCAUUCUGCUAUGGGAAAUCUUUUCUUUAGGGGUCACCCCAUAUCCAGGCAUUUCUGUGAAUGACACAUUCUACAGGAUGAUUGAAAGUGGAUAUCACAUGGAGCAACCAUAUUAUGCUGAAGAAUCUGUUUACAAGGUAAUGUGUCGCUGCUGGAUGCUCGAUCCGGUCAACCGGCCUUGUUUCUCCAAGCUUGUAGCUUUCAUGGAAAAAGAGCUGGCUGAUUUGGAAGAAAGGCUCUAUUAUAAUAUUGGAGGAUACUGUCACAAUGACAUAACAUACCAGAAUGCUCCAGUGACCCCUGAUGCUACACUGAUGGAGAAAAAAACGGAUGUUUGCCAGCCUGACACUGAAGUUCAGAUGAAAGAAAAGCUGUGGACAUUAAUGGAUCAGUAAGAGCAGAACAUCUUAUCUGAACGGGAGUUAAAGCCUUGCAUUAGGAAAACAUAAUGCAUAACUUGUGCUUUCAUAUUGGCCACUUACACAACGCAUUUUUAAUUUCUAAGAGAAAAUGUUGAAGAAAUUGGAAGGAAUGUUUUCAUGAGCAUAUUGUACCACCAAUAAUGUGUUUCAUGAUUUUUGAUGAAGGGUUUUUAACUUUUUUUUUUUUAUUUUGUCCAUGAGUGUUUACACUGUAAUUAAUAACAUACAGCAUUAAGAAGAAAGAUUCUUUAGGAACUUAGGAACUAAAGAACAAACUUAUAUAUAUAUUGUACCUUACCACUGUAACUGAUGAAUAACCUGCUUCUGUACUCCAUAAUGAAGGCUUACAAGAGAUGCUGUGGUGGAGAAGUACAAAAGUUUUAGUUUUUGCUGCAUUUUGCGGAUAAAUUGCUCUAUUUUUUUAUAACAAAAUAACUUUAUAUUAAUUUUUCAGUAUAUUUAUUCACUUAUCUUAAUCAUUAUUCUUGAAGUAUUAUUUAACAUGCAAUAAGAAGAGUCUACGGUGAGUUAGUUAUGCUUAUUCUUAACAAAACAUUACUUUGCGCUUUUGUGCAGAUUUCCUAUAAACAACAUAACCCACUUUAAAGUGAGUCUUGUUUAACAGUUUUACAUUAAACACCCUUACUGUUGAGGUUAAGCAUCCCUAACUUUUUAAGUCCACUGAGACGGUAAGCAAGUGGGCAUAAAAACUAAAAAUGUUAAAUGUUAAAAAAAAACUGUACAAUGCUUAUAAAAACAUCGAAAUAAACCUAUAUUUGUAUGCAGGGUUUAAAAUGCAAUGCAAAAGCAUAUAAAACACAGUAAAAAUUGUG